UUCUUAUUCCUUCUUCACCAUCUCAACCUCAUUCAUACUCUCUUUCUCCAUCAAUGGCUUUCUCAUUCUCAUUCUCACUUCUUCUUUCUUUCUUAUUACUUUCAGUAUCUCAUUCUACUUAUUUAGAAGCUCAAGAGAAAGACAAGGUUACUGCACUACCUGGCCAACCAUUGAACUUAAGCUUCUCUCAUUACUCCGGUUAUGUCACCGUCGAUGAAGUUGCCGGCCGUGCACUCUUUUACUGGCUCAUCGAGGCUAUCGACAGAAAAACUAUGGCCGGAGAGUCAUUGCCUCUUGUUCUCUGGCUCAACGGUGGCCCCGGUUGCUCGUCGAUUGCCUACGGUGCCUCUGAAGAGAUCGGUCCGUUUCGUAUUAGUGGCGAUGGCCGGAGUCUCUUCUUGAAUCCAUACUCUUGGAACAAUGUUGCCAACUUGUUGUUCUUGGAGUCUCCUGCUGGUGUUGGCUUCUCUUAUUCUAAUACUACUUCUGAUCUUUUGACCACUGGAGAUCAAAGAACUGCAAAUGAUACAUAUGUCUUCCUUGUGAACUGGUUAGAGAGGUUUCCACAAUACAAGAACAGAGAUUUCUACAUUGCAGGAGAGAGUUAUGCAGGUCACUAUGUACCUCAACUUUGCCAUCUCAUACUUCAAAACAACAAACAGAAUCAAACGCAAAUCAUUAAUCUCAAAGGCUUCAUGGUUGGUAAUGCAGUCACAGAUGAUUACUAUGAUUAUGUAGGCACAUUUGAGUUCUGGUGGAAUCAUGGAUUGAUCUCUGAUACUACUUAUCAGAAUCUCAAACAAGCUUGUUAUUCAACAUCUUCGAUUAAUCCCACCUACGACUGCAUGACCGCCCUCGAGCUCGCCUCAUCAGAGCAAGGGAACAUAGACCCUUACAGUAUAUAUACACCCCCUUGCACAAACUCUUCUUCACUGAAGAUCAACAGAAAGAGUCAUUAUCCAUGGAUGCAUAAAGCCUAUGAUCCAUGUAGUGACAGGCAUGCAAAGAUGUACUACAACCUUCCUCAAGUGCAGGAGGCCAUGCAUGCUAAUGCCACUGGACUUCCUUAUCCUUGGGAUACAUGCAGUGAUCUUUUGUAUACCAACUGGGGGGAUUCCCCUAGAUCCAUGCUUCCUUUAUACAAAGAGCUCAUUGCAGCUGGAUUGAGGGUUUGGAUGUUCAGUGGAGACACAGAUGCAGUAGUGCCAUUGAGUGCAACAAGAUACUCCAUUGAUGCUUUAAAGCUUCCCACUGUUAGCAACUGGUAUCCAUGGUAUGACAAGGGAAAGGUUGGAGGAUGGAGCCAGGUUUAUGAAGGCUUGACAUAUGUAACCAUUGCUGGAGCUGGACAUGAAGUCCCACUUCAUAAACCAAGACAAGCUCUUAUUCUUAUCAGCCACUUCUUAAAAGGCACACCUAUGCCUUCCAGUUAAUUUGCAGAACUAGAACAUUGUUAUUAGAGAAGAUAUUGACGAAUAAAAUGGUGAAAUAAAUUUCUCA